AUGCCUAAUGCAGCCGCACCCAAAUCCAUCAAGUUUGGACAAAUAGACAACUUUCAUGGGAUGCCGGACAGAGCAAAUGGAUGGAUGCUAUUGGCAAAAGUGUACUUCAAUAUAAAUGAUACCAUUUAUGACUUGGACAAGAAAAAGGUCUUUGAAGCCCUUUCUCACAUGAAAGAAGGAGCGGCCUUAGCAUGGAAGGAGAGCAAAUUGACAGAGUACACAGGGCCAGCAAAAUACCCCAAAUGGGCAGAUUUUGAAGCCAACUUCAAUGGAACCUUUAUUACCGCAGACAUAAAAGGAGUGCCAGUGCGGCGCUCAUGGCAAUGA